UUUUUAACUAGACACUACCCAGCCCUGCAUUUAAGGUACAUUUUGUUGGCCUCUCCGUCUGUAUAAUCUAAUGUCUUGGUGUGCAAAAAAAUUCUUUUAAAUACGUACAAUUACGAUGGCAAAGAUAAUGAAACGUACAAGCUUCGAUAAAGUAGCAUUUUCAAAUCAGCUUUUAUGCCAAUUUUCUAUCGACGUUUCACAUUCCUUCGUGUUUUGUAAAACUGUAGCUUCAGGAAAAAAAUUAGCUCUUAUAUAAGCGUCCGCCGAGGAACCCUGUCGUUUAAUCAAAAAGGCGUGGGUCGGAGAUUCAUGAAAAAUUAAUUUAAAAAAGUCCGAAAACCUGUCCUCCCCUCGGUUUUCGCGCCGGCCGCACGCCGACGGUGCCGAUCAAUAUAACGUGGGGGGCAGACACAGGCGCGCGCAUUCACGGUCGCGGUUCGAUAGCGACGAGCCCGUUCCUAUUCCACCGCGAAUCCUGGAAUUCUGUGCUUCUGCGAGAGGAGCGAUACCGCGCUACCCUGUCCCACGUCGGCGGAAAGUCGCAGGAAACCGUCACGAUGUCGAGCAGCAAGUGUGUGAAGCAGCCGCGCAAAGCGUACACGAAGGAGCAGCAUGAGAUGACGCACUCCGAGAAGCUGAGGCUGAUCGACGACGAGCUGAAUUCCUUUUACAAGUACUGCCAGCAGGCGGGCUUCACCGAGGAAGAAAUGGACAUUAUUUGCCAGCCGCUCGUGGCAGCGAUGCGGCGCUCAUGGUUGCAGCUGGUUUUCCGUGGCACCCUGGUGCUGAUAGUACUGGGCACCCUGGCGUGUCUCGCGGCUCAACUGGACUUCGUCGGCACUCAUUUCACCGCCCUCAGCCGUCUGCUGCUGAUCAAAGUCCUGCCGAUCUGGAACUGGCAGCCGCUCUAUUACGAGAACUGCAUGAUCAACAAUCCCUUCUACAACGAUUACACCAUCACGGAAGAGGACUGCGUGACCUGCGAGGCGCUGGAGACGAUUGAUCGUCUGUCGGACGUGCGAUAUCGUAAUCUGGUCGACAAUUAUCUGAAUCGCGACGCACCGGCUAUCAUCACCGACGCGAUGGACUCGUGGGCGGUCAUGAAUACAGACUACUUCUGGUUCGACAAUAUUACUCACCUCUACCUAGAGAACGAGCGGCUGAUGGAGACGGUACCCUGCGCCCUGACCUCGAAUCUGCGUACCGGCUCGUCCGACCUCGCGGCGUUUCUACGACGCGUGCACGCGCCCGAGGUGGCCAAGUGGUUCGUCCACUGGCAGAACUGCGACAUCAAUGCCGUGAAGGUGCUCAGAAAGUACUAUCAACGUCCGUACUUUCUCUCCAGCACGGUCUCGCCGGCGCACUUCAACUGGGUGCUCAUGUCCUCGGACUACAACAGCCCGAGCUACAAGAAGGUCGAGCUCGACUCCGGCCUGAUCGCCCUCGCUCAGCUCCGCGGCGCGACUCAACUGCGCCUCACCCCUAUAAAUCCCUGCAACAGUUCGUGUCCUGAACUGAUCGCCGAUCUGCAUCAGGGCGAGAUGCUCGUCUUCACGAACUUGAUGUGGACGCUCGAGUACGCACCGAUGCGUGGCCUGGACAACAUCGCCAUACUCACGGAAACCGUCUGGGAGGAAGACACGUAGAUUGUCAUCCCGAGGAGAUCGUCUUUAUCGUCACGCAACAAAUAUCCAUAGUUCCACAAUACUCUUUGACGUGACAGCUAUAUCGAUUCGAUAUAUUGUAUACCCCAUUAUGAUACAUACUAAAUAAAGAUUGAGCAUUCUGGUUUCCGG